CGUUAGCUGUAAUGAAAAAGAGUUUUGUCACCGAACAACAAGAGUAUAAAUUUAUCUCCUCUUCAUUGUUUUUUAACUUCAAUUCAAACAAACGGUAUUACCCUGCGUCAAACUUUGUUUCUCUUUUAUUAAGGAACUUCCCGACUUGACACAUUUCAAAGUAAAGUAAAUUCCCUGUACGGACAUAUAAAAAAACGCGCGCUGUGUUUAUAAAGACGCCACAUAAAUAAGAAAAAAGAAAAACAAUUGAGGCUGGAAUUAUAAAAAUUAAGAACAUCGAAGCUCACUGAAAUUGGACUGGUUCUUAUAAAAAAAAAGAAAGCAUGCAGCCAUAAACCAUCUCUAUUAAUAUCUUAUUACUGAAACACUUUAUAUUUUGGGAAAUUCCCUUACAGUUAUGUUUGCCUAUGAUACACAAAACUUAAAAUUUGAUAGGCAAAAAACAACCAACAGUCAUGGGAGCGCAAGAGUCAAAACGACGUAACGUUUUGAAUUUGUUUUACUUACUUUAAUGACGUUUUUGUCACAAUAAAUAAAAAAAUUAUUAUUACAAAUAAAGUGAAUACACUUGCUUAAUAUAUUUUUUUGACUUUCCUCCGUUUUUUUUCAUGUAUAGAAAUCUGUGUUUUAUCACCAGCCCACAUUGGGUCUAAUCGACAAGAAACACAAAAUAAACAAACACACCACACCACUCAAUACGAACAACAACAGAGACAGCAACAACGAAACAGAAAUUUGACCAAUAAGUUGGAAAGAGGUUAGUCUCUUUAUAUAAACACACACUAGCUAGCAAGGAAAUAUCUGAUCUCAAUGUGAUUCCGAUGCAUAUUGCUUUGUUUUAGCAAUAAACCAACCUCGAACUGCUCCAGUUUUUAUGGCACAAGGAUUGGAGUAGUUGCAAAGGUUGCAUAGCUGUGUCAACAUCAUCGAGUAAUGGGCAGUACAAAAAUUGAUGCAUUCACAGGGUGUAGUAAAUUCCUUAUCACCAAAAAUUCUCAUCAUUGUUAUCAAUAUAAUUCAAGAUGCAGUCAUUGUGCACAGAAGAGUCUCGGAAUAUCAGUAAAUGACAUUCAAGUAUGUUUCAACACCCGUGUUUGUCACAGAAAGUAUAUUGCAAAGUUUGUGCAGAUGAACAUAUUGUAAAUACAUGCUUCAUAUAAAGGUUAAUACACGGACUUCUUACGGAUUGGUGUCAAAGGCUUCGUCAGUGCGUAAUCAAAGAUGAAGCUGUGUUUACUUAUCGUUGCCAUAGCAGUAACGUUUAUUGACGCUGAUGACGUCAUUGUACAGAAAAGGGCAGUGAAAUGUGAUUCUGUGUUGGCAGUAAAGGUUUGUGAUCGGUUUCGUAACAUUGCGACUUCGAUCAAGUUAAAAGCAAAUGUUAUUGAAGAAGCAAUCAAGGAUGCUUAUAGCAAGGGUAUUACCAAAGCAGAAGAUGUCAAAGCAAGCGUUGAGAAAUUCCUGGAGAAAGAAAUCUUAAGUAAAAGCUGUGAAGAUUUAGUUGAUAAACAGUUCUGCGAUAAGUUGGAUACAGUUGGCAAAUACCUCCAAAAGAAAGGUGAUCAAUUGAAACCAUAUUUAGUAAAAGCCAUGCUAGAAGGUGCUGCUUUGGCAAAAGAUAUCAAAGCAAAGGUUGAAGAUUACAUCCGAAAUGAUCUGAUGGAAAAAACAUGUGCAGAUAUCUUGCCGGCUGAUAAAUGCAAACAAAUUGAAGACAUUGGCGCAGCAUUAAAAUUGAAGGCCGAUCAAAUCAAGCAAGCAACUGUUGACAGCCUUCUAAAAGGAUACAAUAAAGUACAAGAUACCGUUAUGACUACACUCACCUCCAUGAAAAAAUAUGCCGAAAACUUCACAUGUGAAGAACUGUUAAAUCCAGACGUCUGUGUUAAUUUAAGAGCAUACGCCAAAAAAAUACGCAUUGGAAUGCCGAAAAUGAUGAACGCUGUCCGGUCUGCCAUUGUCAUGGGAUACAAAGUUGGUAAAGGUUUUACGACUGUCGUGUACAAAAUUGCCGAUGCCUUCAUUGAUUGCGAACAAUUUUUGAGUGCAGAUAAUUGCCGAAGAAUUACGUCCCUAGCAGCAAAAGUUGGAGUCACUGCACAAAAAGUUAAAGAGUCCAUUGUCGAUGCCGUAAAAAAGGGACUAAUCAAAGCAACAGAUCUUUAUAAGAGUAUUUUGAACUACAUAAAAAGUAAAUUUGGACGAAGAAAACGAAGCUUGAUGGAAAAGAGAGAUUUAAAGGAAGUGUUGGAGAAGUAUAAAAAAAUGUUGGAAAAUGGGAUAAUAAAAGCGAAAGAAUAUUUAAAGAAGGCAAUUGCCAAGACUCUGGAUACUAUGAAAGUUGUUGAUGCGAAGAUCAGAGCCGCUGUUGAAAAAGCUAUCUUGGAGGGUAAAAGUAAAUACAAAGAUAUCAAGAAAUUAAUCGCAGAUAUGUUGGCAAAGAAAGGGUCACAGAUCUCAAAACGACAGGCACCUUCUUUAAGAGACCUCCUGAAGAAAGCUUUAAAAAAAUCAACUGGUCUCAUGAAGUGGACAAUCAAGAAUCUUUUGGAGAUGACGACCAACCAGUUGCAUACCAUUAAAAGAUACGUUCAAACAGUUCUUGAUAAAGUUCUCGGAACCUACAAACGCGAUGUUGAAGACAGUGUAAUCGCAGAUGAGUCGGAUAUAAUGCUAAAAAAACAUUUAGAAGAAAUAUCAGAUAACUUUGCUCUGGAUGUUGAUUCAAUGAUGGAAGAAAUUGCUGACGAAACAAGUUCAUUGAUUGAGGAUAUCAGUGAUGAGACUAGAAUGCAGAAACGAUUUAUUAACUUGGAUUCUGAUGGUUUAAAGGAAUAUGUCACCAAAAUUUUGAAGCAGCAUGUUGGAAAAGCUUAUGACAAGAUAAUGGCAAAAUCCAAAGACCUGAUGAAGGAUAUUGAAGAAGCAUUGAAGAAAGCCGGAGGAAGCAUAAUUGAUGUCUCCAAGGCUGUUCUUGCAAAGAUUAAUGAAAUGCUGAAGAACUUGGAAGCUGGGAAAGAGUUUUAAUGGUACAAAGGAAAUCACGAACGUUUUUUUUUUUUAAAUAAUGUUAAGCAAUGAAAUUAGUAACAUAAUAUUGAUAAAGUUCA